GCAAGGGCGCCCGGAGGUGCUCAGUGCGCAAGUACCCGGAGCCGUGCGGUAUGGCUACUUCCUCGGUGUCCAAGGGCUGUUUUGUGUUUAAACCAGACUUCAAGAAAAGAAAGAUCUCUGUGCCAAUCGCUCAAUCUGUAAACUUGGCUUUAUUCAAGGAUUAUUUUAAUAAUGAGAAACUUGUGUCUGAGGACAGUAAACUUCGAUUUGAAACGUAUCACUUGCUAUGGCAACGGAUAAAAUCUGAAACAGAGCAAUUACAGGAGGAAUUAAAUAAAAACCUGUUUGAUAAUCUAAUUGACUUUCUGCAAAAGUCCCAUUCUGAUUUCCAGAAAAAUUCAAGAAACUGGGGCUGUCAAUUGAAACUCAGAGAAAUCCCCACUGCUGCUCUUAUUCUUGGUGUGAAUGUCACAGAUCAUGAUUUAAUAUUCGGAAGUCUAACAGAGACCCUUCAGAAUAAUGUCACACCAUAUAUAGUCUCAUUACAAGCUAAGGAUUGUCCAGAUGUGAAACACUUUUUGCAAAAGUUGACCUCACAGUUGAUGGACUGCUGUGUAGAUGAAAAUUCCAAAGAGGUGAAAAGUAUUAAGACCCCCAAAAAGACAAAUUAUUCAAUGGAUUCGCUUUCCAGUUGGUACAUGACUGUCACACAGAACACAGACCCCAAAAUGACAAGCAAAAAGAGGAUUACUUGUCGACAAUGGCAGUCCCCUCCUGUUGUGCUUAUCUUAAAGAAUAUGGAGAGCUUCAAUACGAAAGUACUUCAAGACUUCAUAAUUAUCAGCAGUCAGCAUCUGCAUGAGUUUCCACUGAUUCUCAUUUUUGGAAUUGCCACAUCUCCUGUCAUUAUCCAUCGACUGCUUCCUCAUGCCGUGUCAUCUCUGCUGUGUAUAGAGCUCUUCCAGUCUUUGUCUUGCAAGGAGCACCUGGCAGUGAUCCUUGAUAAGCUGCUGCUUACAGCUCAGUUUCCUUUUAAAAUAAGUAAAAAGGCAUUACAAGUUCUGACCAACAUCUUUUUAUAUCAUGAUUUCUCAAUUCAAAACUUCAUCAAAGGACUAAAGCUUUCUCUAUUAGAACAUUUUUAUUUGCAACCCCUAAGUGUUCUGUGCUGCGAUCUCCCAGAAGCCAAGAAAAGAAUUAAAUUUUUCUCAGUUAAUCAGUGUGAAAAUGUCCGGCGCCUUCCAUCCUUUCGGAGGUACGUGGAAAAACAAGCUUCAGAAAAGCAAGUUGCACUGUUGACCAAUGAGACAGUUUUAAAGGAAGAAACUCAAUUAUUACUAGAAGACCUGCAUAUUUACCAUAUGAAUUACUUCCUUGUUUUGAGAUGUCUUCAUAAUUUUACCUCUUCUCUUCCCAAGUUCCCACUGGGUCGACAGAUCAGGGAGCUGUAUUGCACAUGUUUAGAAAAGAAUGUAUGGGAUUCAGAGGAGUAUGUAUCAGCCUUGCAGCUGCUGAGAAUGCUGGCCAAGGAUGAACUGAUGAGCAUACUUCAGAACUGUUUGGAGGUGUUGAAUUCCUCCACUGAAAAGCAGCUUGGCAGCACAACACAGAAAGUAAAGGAUUUCCUGACCCAGUUUCAGAACCUUGAUGAUAAUAAAGAGGAAGAGGAUGCUUGUGGAUCACAGCCAAAGGGGCUGCAGAAAACAGACCUCUAUCACCUUCAGAAGUCCUUAUUGGAAAUGAAGGAGUUAAGGAGAUCAACUAAGAAGCAAACAAAGUUUGAAAUGCUCAGAGAAAAUGUUGUGAACUUCAUCGACAACCUGGUGAGAGGUUACCUUCUGCCUCCGGAGAGCCAGCCUUUGCAUGAGGUAGUGUACUUCACUGCUGCCCACACACUCCGUGAGCACUUAAAUGCUGCUCCACGAAUCGCCCUCCACACUGCACUCAACAAUCCUUAUUAUUAUUUAAAGAAUGAAGCACUAAAAAGUGAGGAAGGCUGCAUUCCAAAUAUUGCCCCUGACAUCUGUAUCGCAUAUAAACUGCACCUGGAGUGUAGCCGGCUAAUUAACCUUGUCGAUUGGGCAGAGGCUUUUGCAACAGUUGUGACAGCUGCUGAAAAAAUGGAUGCAAAUUCUACAACUUCAGAAGAAAUGAGUGAAAUUAUCCAUGCCCGAUUUAUUAGAGCUGUUUCUGAACUAGAGCUUUUAGGCUUUAUAAAACCUACAAAACAGAAGACUGACCAUGUAGCAAGGCUGACAUGGGGAGGCUGCUAAAAAGCAAAGACUCACUGUGAAGACAGGGGUUCCACACCUAACAGAUGAAAAAGAAAGCUGGCAUAUAUUUACAUGCUACUAGAAGAGACUCCUGCUGAGUCCAGUUUAACUAAAAAGUACAGUGCUAACCUGAAAUUGUGUAUCAAAACAUCUUUGGAGUACUUCAAACCUAAUCAACAAUUGUAUAAACUGACUAAAAGCCUUUACACAAUGUAACUAUACUUUCUACAGUUAUUACUAAAUUCUGAACAAAGCAUUACUGAGUUUAUAAAUGAUACAAUGUCUCAUCUAGAGAAAGUUACUUGUACUUGGUCAGCAGUACUCAUUCCUUGAUACUUAACACUCCUCAUACUGCCACAUAUGGUGUAAAAUGAAUGUCCUAUAUAGGUGGUUUCCUUGCUAGAAAAGCUCUAAAAUCACCUUUGACUCCCCACUUCUUGUGCUCUUGGCAGCUUACCAAGCCACAAGCUGUUUGGCUUUGUACUUAAUGGCAGUAAAUAUUUUCAUGGUUAUCUACAGCCAGUGAAGGCCUUUACAGAUUUGAGUUGAGCCCCAGUUUACAAAACAGAAAUGUAAAGGCCCGGGUAAAAUAAUACCUGCAUCUCUUUCAAACUAAGAACUUAAGAAUCGGACACCUAAAGCUUUUUUUUUUUAAGCUGAGGAUCAAACCCAGGGCCUCUACCACUGAGCUAAAUCCCCAACCCCCUAAAGCUUAUUUAAUAUUCAUCCCCCAAGAGAAUUCACAGACGUAUGCCAAAACUGCCUUGCAAAUGAUCGGAGAGCCCCUGUCCAGGAACCUCUUUGAAGAGCCUGCACUUUUAACUUGUAUUGCAGAACCACUUUAACAGCAAUUUGCUUUAAAAAAAAAAAAUGUGUGUAGGGGUGGGUAUGUGCAUGAGUGCAGUGCACAAGGAGGCCAGGGAUGUUGGAUCCAUCACCUUAGAACUGGAGUUAUAAUUAGUUGUUGAGCCCCAGAUGUGGGUGCUGUGAGAGCAAAAUUCAUCUUAACUCUCGGAACACAGACGUAUGUAUCCCAGAUAAAACUGAGAAACUGUGUCUCCCCAGGCCUGCUUGCCUACCUCAAGAUUAUGAUCCCCCGACCCAAGUGCAGAAAUUAUAAAGUUAUGCCCAGAUCAGAAUACUUCCUUAAACAAUACAACAUUUUAUGCAUAUAAAAUACAGAGGAACUAGUCUUAACACUGGCAGAUUUCGUCUUGUCUGCCAAGGCACAUGUUUUUCUCUUCCUAGGCAUUUGUACACAGGUCAUGUGCAUUUGAUUUUUUUCCCUCCAUUACCUAAGAUUAAAAGCAGCACAACUGAAACUGUUCUCAUAGUAUCAAAAAAAUUUGUAAUUAUUACUUGGUAUCCUAUGAGAUUCAGCCCUUAGUUGAGGAAAACUGAAACCUCAACUAGAAUUACUUACAAUUAGUGUAUUCUAAUUAUUGUUCUUUUGUUUUAAUGAAAUACUAAUCUGAAAAUACUUUAAGUUUA